GCUAUUCGUUAGCCGAUCAUAAUGAAAGUGCUUGUUGUCUUCGCCUUGGCCUUGGCCUACGCCUCCGCCGGAGUGCCCAUUGAGCCCCGUGCGGUGCCCAUCGAGCCCCGUGAGGUGCCCAUCCAGCCCCGUGCGGUGCCCAUCAUUCCCCGUGCGGUGCCCAUCCAGCCCCGUCUCCUGCCCGCUGUUUCCUCGAUCGAGGGUCGCAUCACCAACGGCCAGGCCGCCGCCGAAGGACAGUUCCCCUACCAGGUCGGACUAAGCUUCGCCAGCUCCAGCGGAAGCUGGUGGUGCGGUGGAUCCAUCAUUGGCAACGAAUGGGUGUUGACUGCUGCUCACUGUACCAGCGGUGCCUCUGCCGUGACCAUCUACUACGACGCCACUGUGCGCACCAGCCCCAAGCUGAGCCAUACCGUCUCCAGCUCCAACUUCAUCCAGCACGCCAGCUACAACUCUGUGGUCCUGCGCAACGACAUCUCCCUGAUCAAGACUCCCUAUGUCACCUACACCAGCAACAUCAAGAACGUGCCCCUGCCCGAGGUGUCCAGCUCCUACUCGACCUACGCCGGCCAGACUGCCAUCGCCUCCGGCUACGGAAAGAUCUCUGAUGCCGCUACCUCUGUGGCCAACCAUCUUAACUACAUGGAUGCCACCGUCAUUACCAACACUGUCUGCCAGGGUACCUACGGCUCUCUGAUUAUCACCAGCGGUGUCAUCUGCAUUGAGACUGUCAAGUCCAUUUCCACCUGCAACGGCGACUCUGGCGGCCCAUUGGUCCUGGCCAGCAACGGUGUCCUUAUCGGUGUUACCUCGUUUGUGUCCAGCGCCGGCUGCGAAUCCAACUCCCCUGCCGGUUUCACUCGCACCACUUACUACCGCGAUUGGAUCAAGACCAACUCUGGUAUCUAAGCACCAAGCUUUUAAUAAAAUCGACUAUUGAAUACAAGAAAAUUAA